GAAAUCUGAAGAGAGAGAGAGAGAGAGAGAGAGAGAGAACAGAGAGCGAGAGAGAGAGAGAGAGAAAGAAGAAAAGAAGACGAGAUCUGAUCAUUCUCAGCUCAGUACAAGGAGGAAAAGAAAAAUGGCUAUGAGAUUGGGGAUUUGAGAUGGCCCCGGCACCCAUGGAGACUCCGUAUGAGAAGGAUAAUGGGCAAUUUGAUAAGGGCACAAAGCUCGGUGAGGCCGUGACGUUCGGCUCGCACGAGGAGAAGCCCAUUUUGGGGGAAGGUAACCAGGUUUCGGAAGUGAAUUUUCCGAAGGAUGCUGUCGAUGAAUGGCCCGCGCCUAAACGGAUCCACACUUUCUAUAUCAUGAAGUUUCGCUCUUAUGAGGACCCAUCCAUCAAAGUCAAAAUCGAGCAGGCUGAUAAAGAGAUUCAGCGGAGGAAUCAGGCCAAGUUCCAGAUCACUGACGCAUUGAGGGAGAAGAGGUCAGAGAGGUCAGACCUGAUUGCUCAAUUGAGAGCUCUGGAGGAGAAUAGGACCUUUCAUAGUAUUCUGGACGAGAAGAAAAAGGAUAUGGAGCUGCACGAGGCACUGGGCAAGCUUCGCCAUGCAAACACCGGUGGUCGAGGAAGUGGCUUGUGCUCCUCUGAGGAAGAACUUAAUCAGCUUAUCCAGAGCUUGAAUUACCACAUCCAGCAUGAGAGUAUCCCAUUAACAGAGGAGAAGCAAAUUCUGCGGGAGAUUAAGCAGCUUGAGGGGACUCGGGAGAAAGUCAUUGCAAAUGCUGCAAUGAAGGCAGAGGUUCAAAAGUCAGUUGGAGAGAAAGAAGCCAUUCAAGACCGAGUCAAACUAAUAGGUGCUGGUCUGGACGAGGUUCGGAAAGAUCAGCAGGCGGUUAAGGCAAAAAUUAAGGUUCUUAAGGAAGAGCUGGAGGCAAUAGAUGCGGAAAUCAAGUCUUUGCAAGAUGAGUUGUCAACUGUUAUCCAGAAGAAGGAUAAGGCAUACGAAACUAUCUUUAAAAUGAGGAGAAAGCGUGAUGAAGUGAAUGCCAAUUUUUACCGUAAUCGUACCCUCUUGAACCAAGUCAAAGAGCUUGCAGCGAGGAGAGAUGUCAGAGCUAUUGAAGAAAUAACUCAUUCUGAGGUUGAGGGGUUCUUUGCUCUCUGGAACGGUCCCAGAAGUUUCAGGGAGGAUUAUGAGAAAAGAAUCGCAUCAUCUCUGGAUUUUAGACAGAUGAGUAAAGAUGGACGAACAAAGUCCCCUGACGAGAAGCCAGUGGCUGCAGUGGGAGAUUCAGUAUCCUCGGAAACAGAGACGGUAGUCAAGACCAGUGCAAAAAAGGCAGCAAAGGAGGAUCCCAAGUCAACGGUGCAGCACAAUACUGCUCCUGUGCAAAAGGUCCAGAAAGACACUGUUUCAAAGCCCAGAAAGAGACUGUUACGAAAGCCCAGAAAGAGACUGUUACAAAAGCCCAGAUAGAGACUGUUACUAAAGUAAAGGAUAUUGAAACCACACCCGAGCAUCAUGAACUAGCUGAGAAGGAGAAUGCUGAUGCACAGAAACCUCCAAAGGCCACGCCACCGGUGGUUACUGAGGUCGAUCCUGUGAAGCUGAAAGAGAUGAAAAGAGGAGGAGAUUGCUAAAGCUAAGCAGGCUAUGGAGAGGAAGAAGAAGCUGGCGGAGAAAAAUGCUGCCAAAGCAGCUAUUAAAGCACAAAA